CUAUUCUGGCAUGUCAGACAUCGUGGACCACUUCUUUCCGAGCCUUGACCAAGUGGACCGGGGCACCUCCCUGGAGUACAACCCGGUCAACUACUGGAGGGAUCCAAUCCCCUGCCUCACAGAUGAUGAGCUGGCCCUCAUCUCGGAGACUCAGCAAGAGAAAGAGAAGAAAUGACUAACCGAUGAGGAGCCGGUGCCUGACAGGGCGAUAGCCGAGCAGGAUGACUGCUUGCCACAGGGGGAAGGGUACGAAGGGUUGGGGUCUGAGGACUUUUGGGAUAGGUGGAAAUCAGAAGAGCAGAGCCAGGGGGGAGGAAAUUUCAGCAGGAAAUAUAUCGUUAGUACAGAUAGAGAAGAAUGUAUCAGUGGUACAGUGAGAGAAGAAUGUAUUAGUGGUGUGGAUAGUGGGGAAUGUAUCAGUGGUGCUGAUAGUGGGAAAUGUGUAGAUGGUACAGAUAGAAGCGCUGUAUCUGAGGUGUUGCUGGACCAGACUGAUGGUGUUGGGAAUGUGCUCAAGAAAAACAGUCCAGAGAAUGAGACUUUGGUGCAAGGGCUUGGGAAGGUGGCCAUUGACGUAAUUCGGGAUGGUGACAGUGACGUCGUCAUUGGCGUAACUCAAGAUGACAAUGAUGACAGUGACCAGGUCAAGGGUGUAACUCUUGAUGGCAAUAAUAACCGUGGCCUGGUCAUUGGUGUGACUGUAGAUGACUGUGGUGACUGUGACCCGUAUGUUGUGGUGGGUACGGCGGGUACAGAGACAAUGUCAAAUGCUGGUGGAGCUGCUGGAAGAGGUGUGCAGCAAUUGAAUGACUUGGACGGUAGAUUGUGCAACAACUGUGAAAGUCAAGACCAGGUUCCCGAGGGUGAGGAUGUGUCGAGUAUUGUUAAGCGUAACUGUGAUGUUGAGAGAGAUAAGGUGACCGUGUGUGACUCGUGUACGGAGGCGAGGUCUGAGGACAUUGGCGGUCCGGACGAGACAAGAAGCUGUCGUGAGCUGAUGCUUGCGCACGCAAGUAGUUCCACACGGGUAGAUGAUACUUCGUCAACCAAAGGGCCAGCAGAAGGAGCAUCUCCGGAUGCCAAAGCGUAUUGUGAUAAGGAUUCUCGUUCCAUAGAGGGACGGGAUGGACAAGAAUUGUGUUCAGAUUUAGAAUGGACAGACUGUAUUGUUAGUGAUGGUAAUGAUGAUGAUGAACUGAGCGAGAACUGUGAUUCCACCGGAGCUUCUGUCUCACAGAAUGGUGUAACUGCUGUGAAUAAUGCAGCACCUUUUGAUCGUCUUUGCACUGCCGGUGUGAGCAUCCGUGGCUCGGUUUCUAGGAAGCCGUGUUGUGAAUGCAUGAGAAGAAGAAUGGUAGCCGUGGUCGCUGGAGACUGUAGUGUGGAUAGUCUGCGCGUGGCGUGUUCCUGUGGUGUCUACAGUAAGGAUGGCUCCUACUUCAGCCCCAUGUGGGAGUGGACUUUUCCCAAGCUGGAUAGUCCAUUCCUCAAUGCUCUCGAGCCAGGAGACUACGCAGACGCCAUUGAGGCAGCAGCAGAAGGGGUCACCGCAACGACGUCAACAAAUGCGCAGCAGAAGUUGGUGUCGCUGCACCAGCAGAGUGUGGGACGCAGCUCCCCAGUGCCGGGGACGGUGAGCAGACCCUCCUCGCCCCUGCCCCUCUCCUCCUCUACGCAGAUGUGCAACAACAGUGGAGAGACGACCAUCCCGGUGGUCUCCCUGUUUAACCAUUCUGUCAACUUUUGGAUCAUGGAAGUGGACUAACGACCCUGUACAUAAUAUUUCUAUUGUCUUAAAGCCCGGUGCAGUACGUCUUGGGAACUGUUCAGUUUUCAACUUUCAGCAUGAAAGUACCAUAUCAUUGUCAGAGAUUUAAGUACGGACCCCAAGUUUGUCCUCUCAUCUCUGACUGGCUACAUUUUUGCUGAUUAGUGAAAACCAGACAGUUUGUAUGAAAGUCUGCACUUUCCAUAAGCGUUGUGUUGAUGAUCUGAUAACAAAUAAUAAUUAUUUGUUUGUUUGUCU